UGGUGACCCUUAACAACCCCUGCAACAACAACAACAACAUCAACGUGACCCUGGCAAACCCAACAAAAAUACACCAAUAGCAAUAAUAACUUUUAUAUAUAUAUAUAUAAUGUCCGAGUACGGCAAAGUCAAAGUAGGAAAAUUAAAGCUGAAAGGAGAAAAGAGGUCCCAUAAAAAACACAAAUCCAAGAAAAGGAAAUCAGAAGCUGAAGAUGGCAACCUUAGCAGUGGAGGUAGUAAGGACACAGAUACUGCUGACCAUGGUGGUUGGUGGCACUGCACUGCCCUACAUCAGAUGACCGGAGCUUUGGCUAUACAGCUGGGCACAUCACCUAUAUAUGUACGAGCACUUGACAAUGGUUUAUUCACUGCCGGUGCCCCUCAUGAUCAAGGUGAUGGUCCGUCUCCAGAAGAAGUGUUAACUGCAGUACCAGCUGGUGAUGAUCGUAUUGCAUUAAAAUCUGGUUACAAUAAGUAUCUGGGUGUUGAUGGAACAGGCAGAGUUGUAGGCCGUGCAGAUGCAAUUGGUCCUAGAGAAAUGUGGCAUCCUGUCUUUCAGGAUGGAAAAACUGCAUUGCUAGGUGCCAAUGAUUGCUUUCUUGGUUUGGAUGAAGAUGAUAACGUAGUGGCAACAAAUUCCAAGGCAGGAACUGAACAGAUGAUAAUGAUACGCUCCAACACACUCAGGGAAUGUGACAAACCUAAAGAAAUACCUGAGGAAGAGCGUGGAAAGCUAAAAGAUGUUGAGCGAAAUUAUGUUAAGAAGUUUCAAAAAUUCCAAGAUAAGCGUCUACGUAUCAACGAAGAUGGUGUGACUGAACUAAAGUCUGCUCGAAAUGAGGGCUGCUUACAUGAGGUUCUUCUUGAUCGUCGUGCAAAGAUGAAAGCAGAUAGAUAUUGUAAAUAAUAAUUAAGAAGUUUGAAAUGGUGCAAAAAAAGAAAAAGGCACAGUGUACACAAAGUUUCAAGCAACCAUGGACUUCACUGCUGCCAGUGUACAAUCUGCUGAAAUACUUAGUACAAUAUACUGAAAUACAUCAUCACUUAAAUCAUGUCUUAUUUCUUAACAGUGAACAUUAGGAAAGUAUUGCACUUUUUAUUAGCUAUUGCACUUUGACAAAAAUUUUGAGUGUGUAACACAUUAAGUAUGUAUUCAUUUACACUGUCUCCCAUUCAGGGGAGUGCUGUGAUUCUGGUGAAGGGCUCAUGAUCUCAGGAAUUGGAGCUACUCUUUCCUUCCUUAGUUCAAACCUGAUUGUCUCCCAUUCCUCAGUGGUGUACAACCCAUACAUGUAGGUUUAGCACUUUCCCAUAAUUACUGUUUAAUAAUUAUAAAUUAUCCCAUUAAUAAUUAAAAGGCACAAUACCAAUACUGGAACAAUUCACAAAUAACUUGCACAUAGGAGAAUAAAACUCAUGACAUUGUCAUAUGUGCAGGUUAAUUGUAUAUAUGAUCCCGUGUUUACAGUAUAUGAUGACAGCAUCAGUAUGGGAAGUGGUAACUAUUAACAUAUGAAUAUGCUGAUGACAAUUUCCGUAACCAUAACUACCCCAGCAAACCUUGCUAGCCAUUAUCACAAAAGUAAGUCUCAUUAGUUACAGAUAGUGGCACGCCUGAAUGUUGGCCUAGGUAUUUUUAAUGCUUGAUAGCACCAGUUUUGAACCACCAAUUUAAAUUUGCUGGUUAGUAUACAUUGUACUCUAUAUAGCAUAUACAGUGGACCCCCGCUUAACAAUCACCUCCCAAUGCGACCAAUUAUGUAAGUGUAUUUAUGUAAGUGCGUUUGUACGUGUAUGUUUGGGGGUCUGAAAUGGACUAAUCUACUUCACAAUAUUCCUUAUGGGAACAAAUUUGGUCAGUACUGGCACCUGAACAUACUUCUGGAAUGAAAAAAUAUCGUUAAUCGGGGGUCCACUGUAUUAUUCUAAAUACUACUGUAGUUAAAAUAAAUGCAGAAUAAUAAAUUGGAUAAGUGCAAAUGUGCAACAGAUAUGAUUUUUUUAUUAUUAUUAUUAUUUAAAGUCAAAUUUUACAAAUAAGCAAGAAAUGAUGUAGAAACUGAUUAUUAUUAUUAUUAUUAUUAUUAUUAUUAUUAUUAUUAUUAUUAUUAUUACUAGUAUUAUUAUUAUUAUUAUUAUUUUAUUAUUGCAUAUUAUGAUUGGUUUCAUGGAGAAGUGCUAAAUGUAAAGGGUUUACAAAGCACCUCAUUAAAACACAAGAUAGUUUUAAUACAAAAAUUUUAUUUUUAUAUCCAUGCUUGCUACCCAUGCAUCAUGGGGUUAAGGAAACAUUCAUGGUGAUCAAGAAAUCUGUCAGUAAAUAAAGAAGCCUUUGAAAGUUUUAUAUAGUCUUUCAUGUUAAGAGUAGGAAAAUAUUGAAAAUCUGCUUUGGCUAUGUUGGAUUUUAAGAAAUUCCAAAAUACUGAGAUAAAGUUUGAAAAUAAGA